AUGGUGUUCGUGCCUGUUUUCAUGCGGGAAACAGGUGCAUCAUGUGAUCUGUACGCCGAUUCUUUGAAUUCCGCGUGUGAAGGAUUCACGAAAUUUCUCUCGCCGAUUGGCCAUCCACUUCUACCUCAUCUGUGUGGGAAUGCCGGAUUCCCUGCCGUACGCACCGAAAACGCCCUUGACGAUGACACUUGGAAAUCGUGUUACGUUGGAAAACUGACGUCGGUUGCGCAGUUACGGAGUAGAAAUCCUCGUCUGCGUGAGCGGGUAUUUUUGCGGUUCAAGUCGGAGGUUUUAGAAGCAAAUCACGUUGGGUGCGUUCUUGUAAAUUUUGAACUCACCUGUGAACCCCAUCCUAUGCUGAUAGAUGCUCUGAGGGCGUGGCUUGCUCCUGACGCAAUUCCGAGGGUUGCAACGAAUUUCUUGGUAUCUGUGCCUCUUGUAACUUCGUCGAAAGCAAGUUUUGGCUGUGAUGAACCUCGACGUGAUUCUAGUUAUGACAAUCCUUGGCAUUGGUGGCGGAAAUUGCGAGACGGUCUCGGGAAGCAGAUCUUGGCAGCUCAAAGAUUCAGCGUGAUCCUCGUCCUGCCUGAUGUCAUGAGUGUUCCCGAAGUGAUUGUCGAGCGUUGGUGCAGUGAGCCAGUGGCAUUUUUCGCGUUGUCAACAUCGUCGUUUACUUUGAAAGACGGAAGACCGGUUUUAUAUUCUGCCCACAAAGAAUUCGCGAAAGCAUUGCUUGCUUUCGGAGUGUCGGUGGUGAUCUCUGGACCUGUUUUGCCAUUUAUCCGGUUGGGAUCCUACGUGAAUCAUUUGUACGGGAUCAAGGAAUCUUUGUCAGAAUCCUGCAAUGGAGAUGCAUUUGGUGUACGUAGUAGUAUCAACAAUGAUCAUUUGCUGAUUCGAGUGCCGGAGCCUUUCAUUCAUGAUGCAGUCAUUGGAGAUUACCAGCGUUAUGCCGAAGAUUCCUGCAAGUAUUUCAUGUACAGAAAUGCGUUUUGUCGGGCCCUGGGAGUCCUGGGAAGAAGAAGGAAAGAUCUUGGAGUUUCAGGAAAGCUACAAGUGGCUAUCCUGGGAGCAGGCUGCGGAUCUUUGGUUGAGACAGUGUUGAGUGUGUCUGAAGCAUCGGGAAUAGACGUAGUUGUUCACGCUGUUGAAAAGAACCUGAUUCCUUAUUUGUGGUUGGAAAGCAAGGUGACUCAAGCAACCUGGAAGGAUUGUGUUCAUGUUUAUUUCAAAGAUAGUCGGUUCUGGCAACCGCCACAAAAGCUAGACGCCAUUUUUUCGGAUUUCUUGGGUUCCUUUGGUGACGAUCAAUGUAUGACGGAAUGUGUUCGUCCCGUUGAAAAGUACUUGGAAGAGUGGGGACUCGUAAUCCCAUCAUCAGUCACCGCGUUUCUAACGCCAAUCCAGGCGCCGAUGAUGCACGCAUCCAUAACAUCUCAUCUUCAUUGUUGGGAAAUUUCGCAAGGAUUUGAGGGACAGUGUCCGUGGCUUUUCAGUUCCAAGUCAACAUUUGGGGUGUCUUCACCUAGUCCAGUGCACAGGGAAGUUUUCCCGAAAGGAGCGAGUAAGGAUUGGACCAAGCAGAUUGAGUUUACCCCAGUAGCUGAUGCCACCAUACACGGGCUUGAAGGCGGAUUUCAAGCAAUUCUUCUCGAUGGUUCGGGAGAGUUGGGAAAUGUGAAGCACCGCCCGGGAAUGAGUGGGAUGGACACAGUGACUUGGUAUCCCAUGUUUUUCCCGCUUCAGAAUCCGCUUUUGGUUGAACGUGGUGGGAAAAUAACGGUGACGAUGUCGAGGAAGAGUGACGAGAAGCACGUUUGGUACGAGUGGUCGGUAGAGCUGGGUGAUAAACUUGGCUUAUUGUCAUCGGAAGAGCAAAGGAACCGAUUUGUGCACAAUCUCGGUGGACAGUGCUUCAAAAUUUCCUUGCAGAAAUGUCAACAUUACUUGGACCAUUUCGGAACAACUUUGUUUGCCAAGUCACAAAUCGAAAACUUGACCAACGACUUGAUCCCGCCUGGAGGCAAGCUCCUGGGAAAUCCGCAUUCCAAUCAUGCCCCGUCUAGAUUGACGACUGAUCUGAUUGACCAAGCCCGCUUGAGGUAUGGGGAUAGAAUCCUGGAAUUCUUGGAUGCUUCGGCGGAAGAUUACGAUGUUGUUUUCACGUCAGGAGCCACCGGCGCAAUUAAAAUAGUUGCGGAAUCCUUCGACUUUUCCCGAGGCGGAGGUGGCAUUUACUUGUAUACGCAAGAAAAUCAUACCUCUGUGUUCGGUGCGAGAAGACUAGCUUCUCGACGAGGAGCAUCAGUUUACUGCGUCGAUGCGGAUGAGUUGCUCGGAAUCACGCAGACAACGCUUGAAAAAGAAAAACUGGAGCGUGUCGAAGAUGCUGAGAACUUUGGAUUAUUUGCGUAUCCCGCGACCAGUAAUUUUUCCGGCCGGAAAUUUCCCUUGGACUGGUGUAGGAAGUUGCGUGAUCCGGAUGUUUUCGGUGGUGAAGAGCAAUUCAAGAAUGCCGUGGAAUCGUUGUUGGGGCCAAGCAAGGAAGUGAUGCGUGAGGAGAUGAAUAAGGACAACGAAUCCGUUGAAGAGAUCGGAGGACGACGAGUGACGCGAGUUAGUGAGUGGUUCGUGUUGCUCGAUGCCGCGUCACACGUGGGAACGAGUCCGUUGCGGUUGUCUCGGUGUUGCGCGGAUUUCGUUUGUUUGUCGUUUUACAAAGUUUUCGGUUUCCCGACGGGGAUUGGAGCCCUUGUUGUGCGGAAACAGGCUGGCAACAAGGUCCUAUCGGGUGAACGGGACUACUUUGGCGGAGGCACUGUGGCUGUUGCUCUCACCAAGAAGCGGGAUGUUGUUUUGCGAACCGACUUGAGCACAAGGUUUGAAGACGGCACAGUCUCAUUCCUCAGCAUCAUUUCGUUGCUGAGAAGCUUCGACGUUUUAGCGAGAAUAACAGGGAGCAUGAUCCGCAUUCAAGAUCACGUUUUCAGCUUGGUUCAAGCCGCAUUCCUGGGUUUGAAGGAUCUCAAACACGCCAAUGGAGCAAAAGUGACGCGAAUUUACGGAGUGAAGGAAGAAUGUUUCAGCAAAGAAACGCACGGAAGUGCAUUGGCAUUCAAUUUGCUGAGGUCGGAUGGCAGCUUCGUUGGAUUCUCCGAGGCAGCGAAAAUGUUUGAGCUUCACGAUGUUUCCGUGAGGACGGGAUGCUUCUGCAAUCCGGGAGCGUGUCAGAAGUAUUUAAACAUGAGUGACGACCAGGUUUUGGCCAACUACAAGGCGAGUAUCGAAUUUAUCUUGACUAUGUACGAGGGUGCGGGCCACGUUUGCGGAGACGGCUUGGACUUGGUGAACGGACGUCCAACCGGUUGCAUCCGGAUCUCUUUCGGCUACAUGUCUGGGCAUCGAGACGUUUCCGCCUUGCUCAGAGUCAUCGCCGAGUGUUUCGUAGACGGACGCGUUCCGUGUCGAAAAUCGUCGACGUUCGCGGAAGGCGUCGCGACGAGCAGCAGCAGCAGUAGUCGAGAUUGUUUCAUCGUGACGGACUUGCGGGUGUACCCGGUCAAGUCGUGUGCCGCGUUCUACGUGCCCCAGGGUUGGGACGUGGUGGACACUGGACUGGCCUACGACCGGACGUGGAUGGUGGCGGAUGCGAGGGGCGUGGCGUUGGCGCAGAAGCGGGAGCCGAGGUUGUGCUUGAUCAAGCCGAGGAUCGACCUGGCUGCGGGUCGUCUCUGGCUCUGUGCGGAAGGGAUGCCGGACAUUUCGACUGCGUUGGAGCCCGACGAUACAGUCUCCAUCAGAGUUGCCUCGAAUAACGGACCCAUCUGUCAAUCGAAGGUCUGUGGAGACCGAGUCCGAGUGUUGGACUGCGGAGACGAACUGUCUGCUUGGCUCAAAGAUGCUUUGUAUCGCAAUGAUUUCCCGCGAUUGCUGAGAAUCGAUCCUCACUUCAAACGGCGACAGGAAAUCAAUUCCAACGGUACUUUGACGUUGACGAACGAAGCCCAGUUCCUGAUCGUUUCCACUGGAAGUGUUCGGGACCUGAUGGGAAAGCUGACGUUGGGUGAUGACCAGGAUGACGAAUCGGAAGGACAUUCGUUGUUUGAUGAAGAAGAACUUUUGGACAGGUUUCGACCGAAUAUCGUCAUUGAAUGCGAAGAGCCGUACGUCGAGGACGUGACCAAAGAAUUCAUUUUCGACUCUGGUUUAACUUUGAAGGCGAGUGAAAAUGUGGGACAGUGCAGCCGGUGUCAGAUGAUUUGCAUCGACCAGAGAACAGGUGCGAAGGCGAGUGAGCCAUUGACGACUCUGGCUGCGACCCGGGGUCCGAAAAUACCUUUUGGUGUUCACUGUUGCCUGAUGCAGAUUGACGGUCAACCCAAACAACGCAUUUCCGUGAAUUCAACCGUCAAGUUUGUCCAUGGAUGAAGGGAGGCUAAUUAUUGUGAUGAUGAGGUACUCCAUUCCAAUGAUUUAUUUCUGUAUGUUCUUGGUCGUCUUCUUAUUGUGCGAAUCAACGCGUACAAUCAUGUGUCUAUAUGUGCAGUACUGUAACCUGUACCGUCCGUGCAUUUUCCUGGGAUUGAUGGUGCUUUGCGAAUUUAUCGCGUUUUGAAAACCCCCGGUUU